AUGCAGAAGUCGUCUCCAUCGGUUCUACCUGCGCUGCAGCAGAUGUUCCCAGCAAUGCCCGAAGACAUCUUGCUUGCGGCACUAAAUGCACAUAACAACUCUGUUGAGGACGCAAUAGGCACGCUGUUGGAGAUGUGCGCGGAGAGUCGCGAAGAAGCCGGCGCGUCGGCUUUGACCAAUACGACGGAUAGCCCCCGUUCCGUUGUCGAUGAGCAACGGGAUGCGCGUAACUUUAAAAGCAAGGGGAGUGAAAAAGGCCGAAUACGCAAAUCCAACUCCGCGAGCUCUAGUAAGGGUCCAUCUCCCCCACCCACGCCCAACCGAAGCGCCGUGUCAGCUUUCGACCUGCCCGCCUCCACUUCCAUACAUCAUCGAGGCGGCAGUAACCAUGGCGCUACCGGUAACCCCCGAACGACGUGGGCACAGCUCCGGACUAGCCAGCUCCGAAGCCAUGUAAAGCAGCUGCAAGGGCCGCAGCCAUCAUCUACGGCUUUGCAACCCCCAAUAGCGGCCCUGAACAGCCCGAAGUACAUUGAUCUGAGCGGCGGCGGUGCUGCCGUACGCCUUGCAGCCACUGACUUCCCGGAUCUCCAACACUGUGCCGUCGCAGCUGCGACAGACGCGCAACGGGUUCUGGUGGAACCCAGCACCCGUGGACGCGCGGCGGCGGCGGCAGCGGCUGUAGCUGCUGCAGCAGCGCCUCCGCCGCCAGCCUAUGUUCACACGGGACCAGCGGUGGCGGCGGCGUUGCCACCCCGGCCGUACGGUGGCUACGCCGCUGCGGCACGACAAACGGCGCACCAGGCCAUGCGGUACAUGAACAUAGGUGAUGGCAUGUACGACAUUAUGUACGGCAUGCGUGGCGCCGCCACAACCGGCACGUUGGAAGACGAGGGAUGGCGGGCGGCGGCGAUGGAGGAGCUAUGUCAAUCGCAUGCCUGGGCAGAACGGGAUCUUGUGGAGGCCAUAUGCAUGGCGCUGCAGUACGACCUAGCCGAAGUAGUUACUGCUUUGGACGAGCUUCAUGCAGCGUCGUACCAGUACGACAACAGUGGCGGCUCCGCCUCCCCGACCGCCACAUCUGAUGAUGAUGAUGAUGGGGACGGAGAGGAAGACGGAGGCGGUUUCAAUGACUCAGCACGUGGCGGCGGCGGCGCCGACGGCGCCGCCGCAGCAGCGGACCUGUACGAUUUUGCGGCGCAGCGUGACGGAGGUGCCGCCGGCGGCAGUCGCAGCCGGCACCGUGAUGCCGCAGCCAGCGGCGGCGGCGACGCAUACUUUCGCCACCGACACGCAGCGUUGAAGCUCGAUUACGCCUGGCGGAAGAAAAUGAACAAGGCGUCAGCAGCCUUUGCUGCCGGCGCUCGUGCGCUAGGCCAGCGCCUGGUUUCGGAGGCGCAGGAGCUACGGCGGCAGGCGGCAGCGGCCCAUCGAGAGGCUGCCGAACAGAUCGUGGCGGAGAUGAACCAGGGCCGCCAGCUGUCGGAGUGGGAGUUGGAUUUGCAUGGACUUCACGCGGCUGAGGCCGUUGAGCAGUUGAUGCCAACGGCAACGGUACGGCAAGCUCCCGUCGUAGAUACUGCCGCAGCUACUGCCAAGUUGCUAGCUGCUCGGCGAGUGCUUCGUGUGAUCGUGGGCAAAGGGCUCCAUAGCUCCCGGGGGGAGGCAAGUCUGCCGCGAGUGGUGGAGAGCUACCUGAUCGACAAAGGUUACAGGUACGAAUGCAUGACGUAUAGCUAA